AUGACGUCGCCGUUCCCUACGAUCGACAUACCCUCCAUCGACCUCUGGAGCUUUCUCUUUGAGCGUCCCGACCGACCCUACGCGGAGCACAAAGUGCUCUUCGCCGAUGCCGAAACCGGUCGCUCGCUCAGUUAUACGGAAAUCCGCCAGACGGCUCUGACCUUUGGCCAUGCACUACGACGUAAAUGGAACUGGCAGACCGGUGACGUGCUGACCACCUUUGCCUCUAACUCCAUCGACCUGCCGCCUCUGAUUUGGGGCACUCUGGCGAUUGGCGGCGUUGUCUGUCCCCUCAACCCGAAUUACCCCGUGGAGGAGCUACUACACCCGCUUAAGGAUGCCGGGACAAAGGCCCUGCUCACGCAACGUGAGCAAUACCCCGUGGCGAUAGAAGCCGCAAAACGUGUGGGAAUCCCUCCAGAUCGUGUGCUUAUCCUGAAGGAGUUGCCGCGUGAUAUGGCCGACGAUGGCAUGGUGUAUGGAACACAUAAGCCUCCGGUGAAGCGGCCGGACACUGAUCUGGCGUUCCUGGUGUACUCUUCCGGUACAACGGGGAUUCCCAAGGGCGUCAUGCUGUCUCAUCGAAACUUGGUGGCCAAUAUCCUGCAGGUGAUGUCUGUGGAUCGCGGCAUACUGUCCUGGAGUCAAGGGCUCAACGGCGAGGGUGAUCGGACAGUGGCUCCAUUACCUUUCUUCCAUAUCUAUGGCUUAAACUGCAUCCUGAGCCACACGAUAUACGCCGGUUUACAUACUUUUGUCAUGUCCCGAUAUGACCUCCAUGCUUUCUGCCGUACCGUGCAAAACGAGCGCAUCACCUACGCUUACGUCGUCCCUCCGAUUAUCCUGGAUCUCGUGUCCCAGCCGCAGGUAGCCCAAUACGACCUGCGGUCUCUGCGCAUGAUGCUAUCCGCCGCAGCGCCAUUAGCGACCGGGUUAAUCCACACUCUGCACAAGAAACUCGGUCUGUCUGUUCGUCAGGCGUACGGAUUGAGCGAAUGUGCUCCCUGUACGCAUAUACAGACAUGGGAAGAAGCCCGCACCCACCCCGGCUCGGUCGGUCGACUUCUCCCCAACAUGACAGCCAAGUACGUCCCCGUUGAAGGCGAAGCCGACCGGUCUAAGGAACUCUGGGUAAAGGGCCCGAAUGUGUUUCUCGGGUACUUGAACAACUCCCAGGCCAACGCUGAAUCUUUCUCCGAAGAUGGAUACUACAAGACCGGCGACGUGGGGUUCGAAGACGAUGACGGCCGGUUCUUCAUCUCUGACCGUGUUAAAGAACUCAUUAAGUAUAACGGGUUCCAAGUGGCACCGGCAGAACUCGAGUCCAUCGCGCUGGGUCAUCCGGCUGUGGCUGACGUGGCGGUCACAGGGAUCAUGAACGGGCAGUCAGGGACGGAACUGCCUCGUGCGUAUGUCGUCGCUGCUCAGGGAAUGCAGGCGGACAGGGCCUUGGCCCAGGAGAUUGCGGGUUUUGUGGCGGAUCGGGUGAUCAACUAUAAGCGUCUACGAGGUGGGGUGCAUUUUGUCGAUAGUAUUCCAAGAAAUCCGUCGGGGAAAAUCUUGAGAAGGGAGUUGAAGAAGUUGGAUAGAGAGGCGAAAUUAUAA